AUGGCGGAGAGCACGAGGGAGCGAAUCCUCGGGAAUCUCCUCCAGAACGUCGUGAGCGGUGCAGGGGGCCUGGUGCACGCUGGCUGGCACGGCGUUCAACACGCGAUAAAUCCAAAUGGCGGAUCAGACGACGAUGGAGGGUUACACGGCCGGAAAGCGACGCAGGCGCGCCUGCGCCUGACUCCCGAGCGUCCGCCGCCAAUCGAGGAGGCCCCAGAGACUCUUGCGAAUCAUGGCGACGCCGUGUCUCAAGACUGGCGGUGGUUGGCGCUGCGGUGCGAGCAGCGCCUGAACGCAGUUUUGCAGCAGCGGACUGUAAAACAGCCCAAAGUCGCGGACACACUAGGGCCCUCCUUCGAUAUUCGGCAGUUCGCGUGCUUCAUGCCGCGUACGGUCUUGGAAGCCAUUGCAGAUAAGCGCAUUCGGUACUCCGAUGACUUUGACAUCCAAAUCGAACAGUUCACCGCCGCGGUGGUUUUCUGCGAUGCGAGUGGCUUCACGGCGCUCACUGAAGCGCUCGACUCGAAGCCGAAUGGUGCCGAGCGCCUCGGGAACAUUAUCAACCAUUUCUUCGAUAAAAUUAUCAAGAUCGUUCACUACUGGGGCGGAGAUGUGAUCAAGUUCAGCGGCGAUGCCAUGACCAUCGUAUGGCCAGUGGACGACGAGCAGUCGCCCACUCAAGAAGGAGAUCUUUCACGCGAAGCGUCGCGGAGAGAUGAAGACGGAGGCGACGAGUUCUACAAAAUCGACAGCAAGGUGGCCUGCCAGCUCGCCGUCCAGUGCUGCCUCACGCUCCACCAGACACUCCACGGCUACGCGACGGGGUGCGACGACAAAGUCCUCACACUCCACAUCGGCGUUGGCUUCGGGCAGGUCCACAUUCUCCAGGUUGGAGGCAUCAUGGACAGAUGGGAAUACGUCGUUGCAGGGUCACCGUUAGAGGAAAUUUCCAUCGCAGAGCCGCUGGCUGGAUCAGGCGAGACGGUUGUCUCGCCGUCGGUGGCCUUCGCGCUGGCGGGGACGGCGGACCUCGAGGAAGUCGCCAAGUCGCCGCCCGGGCGCACGUUCUACCGCGUGAAGGGCCUCCACGCGUCGGCGCCUGAGCAGGCGCAGAGCGUCGCGGCGUCGCUCUCGCGCUCGUCGACGCGGGCACUCCUGGGUCUCGACGGAGACGUGCCCGGCGCGCGGCCGCGCGGGGAGGCAAUCCUCCCUGUGCAGCCGCCGCCGCCUCUCGCGCCGAUCGACGUCGAGCCCGACGACAUCGACCUGCUGAGACGAUACAUUCCGCCGGCCGUGUUCCGGCGGUUGACUUCGGGUUGCAAUGUAUUCCUGAACGAGCUGCGAGUGGUAUCUGUCAUGUUUGUCUGCGUUCGCGGCCUCGAUGUCUCAACCAGGACCGGCAGUUUGAUUGCACACAAGCUCAUGAAGAUGACGCAGAAGGCUGCCUACACCAUGGAAGGCUCCGUGAACAAGUUCCUCGUCGACGACAAGGGCGUGUUGCUGCUGGUCAUGUUUGGCUUGCCGCCGGUCUACCAUUUGGAUGAUCCGAUCCGAGCGACCAUGGCGGCCCUUCGCUUAAUCGACGGCAUGAAAGUCCUCGGCCUAGACGCAGGAAUCGGCAUCACAAGCGGGCGCGUCUGGUGUGGGACCGUCGGCAACGACGUGCGAAAGGAAUACACCGCUCUGGGGGACUACGUGAACCUUGCCGCGCGUCUCAUGGGGAAGGCGGGUCCGCGAGAAAUCUUCGUGGACGUCAACACUUUUCAAGCGGCGAGGCAUGCGCUCGAGUUCAAGCAGUUGCCGAGCAUGCACGUAAAGGGCAAAGAACACCCCGUUCAGGUUUUCAUGCCUACCGGAGUUUUGAUCAAUCAGAAGAAGAGCGUGGAAGACCAUCCCUUGCUCUCGUGGCCGCGGUGGAGCGGCAAGAAGCAGCUGAGAGCGAUGAUGCUCCCCGCGGCUCCGUACCUGGACCAGAGCGCGCUGCUCGGCCGAGGAAAGAAGUACGACGCCUUCCGCCCUCCGCUGGAUUAUCCAGUACCUUCCGGGCCCCUCUUCGCUCACGAGUGGUACGAACCCUUCCUGCCGGAGCUGCAGCCCCUCGCGACAGUCGGUGGCGUGAUGGUAAUCAAAGGCAAGGAAGGUCUAGGCACCCACGAGCUCGCCAAGCUCCUCGGACAGAUUGGAAACCGAGACCUCAAGCGCCAGAUGUUCUUCAUCAGCAACAUGCCUGACUCGGUCCAAAUGAACAUCGGCAACGUCCCGCUGCUCGCCUGGAGGAAGCUGUGCACGGAGAUGGUGGAGCGGUGGCGCGUGAGCGACAACCGAGAGAAGAAAGGGUAUUCGAAGAUUGAUAGAGAUAACUCGGUUUACGGGCUGACCAAGGAGCUCAUUCACCCUUCUUUCCACUGGCGCUUGGAGGAUAUGAAGCCGGUGAUUCACGGUCUCGUGCUUCCCUACGAGCUCCCUGAGAAUCAGCGCAUGCUGAAGCAGCGUCUCAAGAACAUCAAGUACUACCAGAAACGGCACGGAGGUCUCCGGCAGCACCCGAUGAUGCUGUCGCCAGCCCUGAACCUGAUUCUGCGGCCUGCGGAAUGGGUGGGCGACGCGGCGGCCGCCGCGGCAGCUGCGGCGCGCAAUAUCACGCCAGUCAGUGCCUUCAUGACGAAGCUGAAUAUGCCGAUACGAGACGACGAUGCUGCUUCAGAAUCGGAAGACUCCGAUGACAGCACUGACGGCCCGCCGCAUCUCGGUCUGGCCAACGUGGCUCGAGGGAGUGGCGAGUCGAUCGCGCCGAUUAUAGCGUCGUUGGUUAACGGCUUCACACUUUACGAAAGCUCGAUCAUUGUCCUGCAUGUUCGGACUGGCACGUCUGUCUUCGCUGAGAUGGACCGCGAGAGCUGGAAAGUCGCCCGCAUGGUGGCCAGAGUGUCUCUCGUGAGGCGGGCGCAUCGCCUCGAAAAUGACAUGAAGGAUCUGAAGGAGUGGCGACGGCUUCACUCCCGGAAGUGCUGGUGGUGCAAAGGCUAUCGGACGCGGGCCGUCGUCGACAGCUCGGGGAAGGUGCAUCUCGUGCAACCGAGUAGCUUGUGUCGGCCUCUCCCCUCACAGUUCUACCAGCCCCUUCUGUUCGUCCUCAUCUGCAGCGAGACAACGGACAACGUCCCGGAACAACAGCAGCUGGUUCAGAUGGCGCGCGACAACAACGCACUCAUCGAGUUGAAGAAGCUCGGUCUCGAGGAGACUGCGGAGUACCUCAGUCACUGUCUGGGCAUCCGGAAGAGCGGGAUCGACACUGGCUUUGUCGAAUACGUGCAGCGUGCCUCUGCAGGUGUGCCGAAGUACGCAUACUUGACGGCGAAGAAGUUAGUGACCGAGCAAGCUGUCCGUUUGACGCCGGAAGGAGGCGUGAAGAGACGGUCUCCGCUGUUGCCCCGUGGCCACAGGGGGUCGCUGCGGCCGGCGGGCGACGGAGACCUGAACGCACGGGCCGGAGAGGGAGGAGACUCCGCUGAUGACGACGGCGACGACGAAGACGAGAGCCAAGAAGAUGAAGAAGAAGACGAGAGAAAAGAGGAAGACGAAGUGGCUAGAUGUGUGUGCGAGCUUAUCGAGAAGGUCCGCGUGCAGCGCGAGGAGAUGGCCAAGGCGGCUCACCACAAGAGCGAAGGAGGCGAAAGUAAUGAAGGCACCCUGGUUCCUGAGCCUAACGAUCGAUGGACCCAUUCGGCUGUCUACGACACUCUGCCGCCCGACGCGCGGCCCCCGGACGCGUCGGCGCUGGCUCGCGACGCUCCAGCCCCGACAGCAUUUGACGCGGCCGUCGUGGAUGAACAUCUCAUGCAGCACUCGAACCUCUACGACCGAGGCCUCGGGCAAUACGGCGGCGGGUCCUUGGGCGCGGACUAUGUGCCGUCUCAGCUGUACCUCGCCGCCAAGUACCGCGAACGUCUGCACGCGGGCGUCUCGCCAGAGACGCAGGCUUCCUCGCCGGGAGCUUCGGAGGCAAGCGGGGGCGGCUGGCCCGCGGGUGGCCGAGCUCAAGGCGGCGGAUUCCUGGCACCCCCUGAGGGCCCGUGGGGGUCGCCGGCGGCCGGGAGAGCGACGCCUUCGCUCUGCGACGGCGUAGGGAAGGGACUGCACACGAUGCACCAAGGCGGUGGCGGUAGGCGGAAGAUGGGGACCGCGGAGCGGCAGCGGUUAGAAGACGACGCGCGGAUCGCUAGAGGGAAGCUGACGCGAGCCGAGUUUGCGUUCUUGCAGAAUGCCCCCUCCUGGGUGCCGCUCGACGAUGUCGACGUCAGGGGCUUGGCUCUGUACAAGAAGCGCCGAUGGGCCGCGGCGCGAAAUCUGGACUGGGACUCGGACGCGGAGUGCGCCGUAGAGUUUGCGAGUGAAGACGGCGCGCCCUUUGGCGACGGCUACCUCAUGUCUGACAGCCAACACGGAGGCACGCGGCGCCGGAAAACGCCGCUGUACACAGGCAUGGUCAUCAAAGCCGACCUCUUGUCUCUGCCGUUCGUUCCCGAGCUGAUUGCCAACUGCAUGUUCACUGUGGAGCGCCUCCAGCCGGAGGAGCAGAUGGUGGCGAAAGUUGCGUCGGUGUUCCCCUGCGCGUUCAACCCCGUCGAGCUCUGUCGAGCAUAUCCGCGGCGAAAGCCUCUGGAAGAAUUCUGCGGGAUCAUCUACCAGCUCAUCAUCAAAGACGUGCUUGAAGUGUGCGACCCGCCCUCGCUGGACGACCUCGCCUCGCUCGCCGUCUCCAUUGGCAUCGACCACGAGGCCUCUGAAGGAGACGAAGCGGCCAAAACGGAUGUGAGGUUGUCGGGAUCUAUAGACGCGAAACAACUGACUCUUCGGCUCUCGCAAGGCAGCUUGUAUAACCCGGCCAAACGUCUCUCGAAUCUCCUGAAUGCUGCGCCGGCUUCCGCUGUGGGGUCGGGUUCUGCGGAAGACACGAGUCGACAAGGAGGAAGCGGGCAGCAGGGGAGCACGCUAUCGCCGCCUCGUGCCGCCGGUGCUGAGGCAAGUCACUCCGCCGCUUCGCUCACCUCCUCAAAGGCUGGGAGUGAGAAGGGUUCUGCGUCUCCAGGGACGAGCGAGCAGAGAAUCCGUCACCAGCCGGCGAGAUACAGUGUGGUAGAGAGUCAAGGCCUGAACCUGGAGGACGCACCUUUCCCUGGCCUCGCUCCCGGGCACGAGCGACGCCCGUCUGUGAUGAAAGCUGGCGGACUCGUAACUCCCCAGCGAAUCGUUGAGGGCUCUCUCGGCGGAGAAAGGGCCACCCCCGCCGAUGCGGCUGGGCGCGGCGCCGGAGGCACCGUCGGACGUGACAGACCCGGGGGCGUUCUCAGUACGGCGAAAGCCGGAGGCGUUGUCUCCAGGGAGCUCUGGGAAACUGUGCUGAUGAACGAGGACGGCUCGGAUGCUUUUUUGAGAUUCAACAGCAUUGCGCUGCAAAGGGUUGUGUCAGACCUUCUCUUGACGGACGAGCGCAAAUGGCUAACACUCGUUUGCAGGCGCAUUAUUGCUCUGCGUUUCGCCGGCUCGCACGAGGCUCCAUCCAAGCCUUCAGGGCAUCCAUCGCAGGGCCAGCCGGCUGCGGCUGCUGCAGGCUCUCUGCGAGAAGAUCGCGACGAGGAUGAGGCGUCUCCACGUUUUGUGAGAGCCAGCCAGUUUGCAUCCGGAGAGGAUACCAUCGAAGAGGGCGAUGAGGAAAAAGCAGAUGAGGACGAUGAAGCCGUAGAAGCUGGUAUUGCCGGAGAGCAGUUCCCUCCGCAGUCUCUGCUGGACACAGCCUUGGCGGCGGAGCGGGAGACGCACGAGCAGGCAGCGAAAGUGGAGCAGGAAAUUGCGGCUAAAGAACAAGAAGAGGAGAUCCAGCGGCUUGUCUCGAAAGCCGUUCUCUCUCGUGGAGGGAGUGGGCACAAUAUAGGCCGGAGUUUGUCCUGCAAAGGGACAGCGACCAUGACCGGCCCCGCCGGGGUCGUGUACCCUGGCGUCCGCGCGCGGGGCGACGCUGAGGAAGGUGGGCCUGCGGCAUGCCUGGCAGCCAACGAAGAGACUCAGGUGGCGAGUCCAUCCAGCCGACGCGGAUCUGGUGCGGAGGAUGGCCAGACAACUGUGACGAAUGGUCACGCGAAAGAACCAGACUUGAGUGAAUAG